AUCAGCAUCAAUCAGCACGUUUUAACUCAAUUUUACGAAAAAAAAUGACAGCACGACGAAGUGGUAUAUAAACCCUUUAGUGCACCCGCUUCGAAUUCAUUGUGAAUUUAACUUGCAGCAGUCGACGACAGAGUUUACCUGGUGCAAACUGAAUAACGUGAUUUGAGUACGAAACACCUUUGCAAUUUGAUCAGCAUUAAUUGUUCCCUUGUUCCUUCCGACUGCACAAGUCAUGGCUCUAGACAACCUUGAACCAACGGACGUAUUUUUCGAAAAAAUUUUACACCGAGGCCUGCGAGACACAACGAUUCAGGAUGUAGUCCUGAUAAAAAAGGAGUCAGCUACGCAGAAGGGUGAUAAUUUCCUCAGCCUCCUAACGAGGUUGACCUUGAGAUAUGUCUGCAAUGCAUCAGGAGAAAAUUGUCGGGAUAAAAUAGAGAGGACAGCGCACCUUAUCGUGAAGGAAGAGCCUAUUGUGAGUGAAACAGCGCUGGAAAGUAUUCGCGAAAUGGAUAUCUUCAAUACUGAGCGUCAACUCCUGGAAGAAGUCCUUCCCAGGAUCGAGGAGCUUGUGGGGAGGAAACUGGCUCCCAAAGUUUACUACAGUUCGACUGAUCCUCAGAUUAUUGUCAUGGAGGACAUAUCGGCUCAGGGCUUCAAAAAUUCAAGUAGACUUUUGGGGCUCAAUCAAGCGCAAGUUCUGAUGGUUCUUGAAAGCUUGGCGGACCUUCAUGCGGGAUCUGUUUUAAUAAAUGAGCAGACUCAUGGAUCCCUGAAAAAAUAUUCCUGGGGACUCGUGAAUCCGGACAUGCCAGCGAACUUUUUUAAAACAAUGCAGGCAACAGUGGCGAAUGUUGCGAGGGCAAUUGGCAGUUGGCCUGAUAAAAAAUUCAUACCGAUAUCCAAGAAACUUGAGAAGAUAUCUCAUCAUGUAAUUGAGAGGAUGAAAGAAGUAUGUCUGUAUGACAGUGACGAAUUCUGUGUUCUGAAUCACGGGGAUGUAUGGAGCACUAACAUUAUGUUCCAGAAUGAUGAGACAGGAAAACUCAAGGAUGUUCGACUUCUCGACUACCAGUUUGUUGUUUGGUCAUCGCCGGUAAUCGAUCUCUGCUACUUCCUGAACGGCGCCCCUGAGCCCAGUUUGAAAGGACCGAACGAUUACCUGUUUUUUGAAAAAUAUCUCAACCGUCUGUCAGCCACAAUGAAAAAAAUCGGUUGCGUUUCUAAGGCUCCUACGAUGGAGGAUUUAAAAAAGUCUCUGUACAAACGUCGAAUUCUUCUACUUUUAUGCGGCGUCUGGUUCUAUCCGAAAAUGAUCGCAGAAGGGGGUGAACUGGAGACCAUUGAAGAUAUAUUCUACACGGAAAAGAAUAACAUAAAUAUUAUGCAGAAUGCAAAGGUUAAAGCGGUGAUAGAGAAGAUGUUGCCUCUGUGGAACGACAGACCAGUGCGUGAUGAACUCAUCCACUCGUUGGGUAAUUCAAAGCAGGUUAAAGAUUGUGGUGAAUUAGUAAAAUCAGUAAUGAGAAUGGAGCGAUACAGAAAUUUUUCUUAUUGUUUAAUCUAUGAAUCACUUAAUACAACACUGCGUGAUGGCGAAUUUGGCCGUCAAAUGUAUCACAAACAUUUGGCGGUCAUUCCGCUUUUAAUGGUGAUGAUCGGAAAUGAAGAGGAGUUUACGCAGUCCCAUAACAACGAUGAAUGCAUGUUUGAUCGCCGAUUGAAGGCCCCGUACAAGGUCUCUAGACGUACACUUGCCUUCAGAAUGACGGAAAAAUUACGCAAUUUUUAUAGGAUAUUCCUUCACGUGUCUACGAUUCAAGUAUCCUCACCAGCUCUGUAUCAAUUCACUUCCUCGAUUUUGCGCGCUCAUCGAUUUUUAACAGAUCAUAGAAUUAACGGAAAUGUGCUCCACUUGACACCACUGUUCCUUCAAAAUCGUGCCAGUGAAGACAAAAUGGCUCUGGCCAAUCUUGCUCCAGGUGACAUCUUCUUCCAGAAUAUUUUGCAUCGUGGGCUGAAGGAUCAGACGAUCCAGGAUGUUAUGCUUGUGGAGAAAAAACCAGCGGUCAAUAAAGGAGACAAUUACAUGAGUGAAUUAACGAGGUUUACACUGAAGUACAAAUGCAAAGAGCCAAAGGAACGGUCCAAUGAAAAAGUGGAAAAGCUGGUCUGUCUUAUUAUAAAGGAAGAGCCGAAUGCCACUGCUGAGACCUUGGAACUCAUUCGUAACGCGAAUAUCUUUAAUAUUGAGCGAUCAAUGUUGGAGGAAGUUAUUCCGAGAAUUGAAGAACUCAUUGGAAAAAGAAUAGGCCCGAAGUUUUAUUAUUCAUCAGUCGAACCUCCGAUUAUUGUGAUGGAGGAUCUCGCUGCGUUGGGCUUUAAAAAUAAAAAUCGUAAAGUGGGGUUGAAUGAAGCACAAAUAUUCCUGAUAUUGGAAAAUCUUGCAGAUUUUCAUGCCGCAUCGGUCCUAUUGAAUGAACAGGAUCCUCAGUUUGUAUCACGCUUCACAAAUGGACUCGUCAGCAAGAAUACCUCGAAGAUGAUGUUCAAUUAUCUGUCAAAAGGAUUAGAGGAUGUUGCGAGGGAAAUUUCGACUUGGGGGGAUGAACAAUUCAUUUUGAUAGCGGAGAAGAUUAAGAAAAGAGGCACUGCUUAUGCCGAACAACUUAUGAACAUUUAUCAACACGAUGAGGACGAGCUGAAGGUUCUGAAUCAUGGAGAUGUGUGGAUCAAUAACAUUAUGUUCCGAGAUGAUGACAAUGGUAGAUCGUUAGAGAUUCGCUUAGUUGACUAUCAGCUCACCGUUUGGGCGAGUCCUGCCACAGAACUUUUGUACUUCCUCGGCGUCGCUCCUGAACGAAGUCUGAAGCUGACCCACGAUGACGUAUUUCUAGAAAAAUACUUGACUCAUUUGACGAGCACAAUGGAGAAGUUGGGCUGUCGUAGGAAGCCUCCAACCAUGGGACAAUUGAAAAGAUCUAUGCACAAACGUAGGUCAUUGGGACUCCUGGCGACACUCGUGUUCUGGCCAAGAAUGCUAUCCGAGGAAGGGGACGUGGAGGCUAUCGACGAAAUUUUCCAAAAUACUGGAGAGUCAAGAGGAAGACUUCUGAAAUAUCCAGAAGCGAAGGAAAUGUUGACAAAGGUCCUUCCAAUCCUCGACGAGCGAGGCUACUUGAAUUUACCUCAAAUUCUGAGUCUCAGGAAGUCUCACAAAAUAGACAAUGAAUUAAAUGUAUUGAGAGAUGACCGCAGGCCAGUAAAUCAUAAUAUGGACAGGGGGUCUAUUUCGUCAUGUCGAGUCAUUUGCCAGAAAUAUUCAAGAAAUGAUUCAAGUUCGUGGUGUUAUCAUAGAAUAAUGACGCUCUUUGAUCUCGCUGUUGGUGAGGAUAUUUUUCGAAAAACUUUGCUUCAUCGGCUGAAGGACCCAACAAUCCGGGAUGUAAUGCUCGUGGAAAUAAAACCAGCAGUUGAAGAAGGGGAGAAUUACAUGAGCGAAUUAACGAAAUUCACGUUAAGUUAUAGCUGCGAUGUGGCUGAUGAAGAUUCUAGUGAAGAAGCUCACGAAGUAGUUUAUCUCAUUGCAAAGGAGGAGCCGAAUGGCAAUGAAUGGACUUUGGAAAAUAUACGAAUGUUAAAUUUUUUCAAUACUGAACGAGCACUUUUGGAGGAAGUCAUUCCCAGGAUCGAGGAGCUUACUGGGACAUUGGUCGGCCCAAAAUUUUUUUAUUUUUUGUCUGAGCCACAGGCCAUUAUUAUGGAGGAUUUGGCUGCUUCCGGUUUCGAGAAUAAAGAUCGUAAAUUAGGACUGAAUGAGGACCAAGUUUUUUUGGUUCUGGAAAAAUUGGCGGAUUUUCAUGCGGCAUCAGUUUUGUUGAACGAGCAGGAUCCUCAUUUCGUGUCUCGCUUCACCAGCGGACUCUUCAACGAUAAUUUGUUGGGCAUGCUCACCAUGUUUAUGUCAAAAGCAUUAGAGGCUGUUGCUGAGAGAAUAGAAACGUGGCCAGACAAACAAUUUGCUUUGAUAGCUGAGAAGCUCCGAGACAGAUCAAAGGAUGUAGGCCCCGAACUUGGAAAACUUUAUCAAUGCGACGAGGACGAAAUUAGAGUUUUGAAUCAUGGAGAUCUGUGGAUUAACAACAUUAUGAUCCGAGAUAAUGAAUACGGGAAACCUGAAGACGCUCGCUUUGUUGACUAUCAGAUGCCUAUUUGGGGAAGUCCUGCCAUCGAUUUGCUCUACUUUCUCAGCCUCAGUCCCAAAAGAGAUUUGAAGAUGAGUCAUGAUAGCCUAUUUUUGGAAAAAUAUUUGACUCGUUUGGCCAGCACGAUGAAAAAAUUGGGCUGCUCCAAGGCCCCACCCACCCUGGACCAAUUAACAAAAUCCAUGCUUAGUCGUCGCGCAGUGACACUUUAUGCAACUUUUUUUUUAUGGCCAAAACUUCUGGCUGAGGUUGAUGAUGUUGAGGACUUUUACGAAAUUGUCGAUCACGGUGGAGUGACUAAAGCGCAUCCUCUGAAAUAUGUGCAUGCUCAAAAAGUAUUCAAAAAAAUUUUGCCAAUAUUAAAUGAGCGAGGAUAUCUGGACUCAAUUAGUCCACCGAAGUAAUCGACAGUUUAAACCCCUCCCUUAAAU